AUUCAGACAGCAGUUGAACCAACAGUUUUGAGACACAAAUACAUACCAAAAGAACAUGGAUGCUGCAGAGUUGGAAAACAUCUUCUUAUUAGUGCUGGUCACUCUUCUCAGUGUUGUUCAGAAUGUAUUCUUUGCACUGAAGGUUGAGAAAGAGUGUAAAGGCCAUAAUUCAAAACAACAUUCUGCAGAUUUUGAGCGUUUGUUAUGUGCCAAUCGAAACUGCAUGGAUACUUACCCCACAUUCCUGGCAGUACUAUGGUGCGCUGGUAUCUGCCUCAGUCAAGCUCCAGCUGCCUUUGCUGGUAUUAUUUAUCUCGUGGUCCGACAGAAGUACUUUGUGGGCUACAUGGGGCAAAGUUGCCAGAGCAUUCCUGGCUUCCUGUUCGGGAAACGUAUCCUCUUCUUCCUGUCACUCAUGUGUAUUGUGGGAAUCAUAAAUUACCUGCUGCUCAACUACGGUGGCAGUGACUACAAAGACUACGUUCAGACCAUCACCAAAGCAGCAUCAACCCUCCUGCUCUUGCCCUGAGCUGUGCUCCACACGUGACUGCCAUUGAGAUAAAAUAGUGAAGUGCUCUGUGUGAAGACAUUGGUCUUCAGUUUAUGGUUUGUUGGUUAGUCAACAAAUAUAAACAAAAUAUUAGAGGAAACAAAAAGGUUUUUACUAUUAAUGUCCCUGUGUAAAAUGGUAUUUAAAGAAAUGUUUUAAAGGAAUGAAUGGAGUACAUUUGCAUAGAAUGACCCAUGGGAAAAGCCUUAAAGGGAUAGUUUACUCAAAAAAGAAAAUCACUCACCCUCAUGUUGUUCCAAACCUGUAUGACUUUCUUCCAUGGAACAUAAGAUGUUAGGCAGAAUGUUAGUUUCAUUUACCAUUCACGUUCAUUGUAUGGAAAAAAUAUGCAAUAAAAGCGAAUGGUGACUGAGACUGCUCAUUCUUUCUGUCAUCAUCUUGUGUGUUUCACAGAAGAAAUUCCUACAGAUCUGGAAUAACAUGAGGGUGAAUAAAUGAUGACAGAAUGUUCAUGUUUCUGCAAACUAUUGCUUAAAUUGUUUUAAAUAGUAUUGUAAAUCCUGUAAGUUUUUAUUAUUAUUUAAGAGGUUUUACAAAAUUGACACUUUUGCUCCUGCAGAAUUAUACUUUUGACAAAUUCCUAUCAUCUCAACAGUUUUAUGAUCUUUUGUAUUAAUGCUAGAUUUGGCAAAAUAUUAAAUCAUU